AUGGAAAUUUUUUCGGGUUCCAAAAUUAGGUUUAUUGUCUUUAAAAGGGUGCAAUUCCUUUGUUAUGCUGUUAUGUUGGUGGCCUUAAUGGUCUUAAAAUGCCAACAAUAUCGUUUAUCGCAAUAAUUUCUGGGCCAACAUAUCGUUUGCAAUUUUUUUUUUUUAUCGUGACAAGCCUACUAAUGAUUUAAUAAAACCCCCAAAGACAUUUUUGCAAAUAUGAAACACACUUUUACAAAAAACACCAACAUUAUGCUUUUAUUUGCUCAUAUAUGUACAGUCUUAGCCAAAAAUUAUAGUUAUCCCUGCUAUCAUUCAGAAAAUGCACCACCACGGCUUCCAGACCUGUUACAGUUAUAAACACUUUGGUAUUAAAAUGUUUAUUUGUUCAACAAGAAAGCAGAGAAUAAUCAGACAUUACAGAAACUCACAUAAAAUAAUUUGUUAUAUUACUCUGAAGUGAUUUAAAGUGUUCUCCCAGCUUCUGUUCUAAGUUCUCUCCACAGGGGUUCUCCUAUAGGUUCUGUAGAAACCACCAUCCUGCUUCUCUCAAUCCAUUGAUGCCCCGCCCCUCUCAAAGUCUGCCAACUGGACAGGGACCUGCAGCCGGAGGAUCAGCAGAUCGUCCUCUCGGCCCCUCGACCCCCCGGCCGGAUCCUACUGACCCCCCAACCCCCCCCCCGGAGACCCAGCAUACUGAGUGGGCGCACACGGCGUUCCUGAUAUCAGGAAAAUGGCACAGAUCCAGAAGAAGACGUCCACCAUGUCCGUAACCAUCUCCUCCUGCUCCCGAGAAACUUCAUCCUACUCCUCCUCAUCAUCCUCAGCUUCCUCCACCACUCUCCAACAGUCCAGCCUGGUGCAGCCCGUCUGUAUCAGUCCCCAGAGAACAGUGACCCCAUGCCAGUAUUCAGGAAACGGAGGCACGACUCCCACAUUCAUAAAGCGUCUCCAUGACGUCAGCACGGUGAAAGGGCAGCUGGUGGUUCUGGAGUGCAGGAUUAGAGGAACUCCUCCGCUGAACGUUUGCUGGUACAGAGAGGACGAGCAGAUCCCCGACUCCGCUGAUUUCAGGAUUCUCAGAAAGAAAGCAAGUUCUACAAGUAUUCCGGAGGAGCUGUGCACCCUGGUCAUCACAGAGGCGUAUCCCGAGGAUUCUGGGAUAUUUAAGUGUAUAACUUCAAAUCAGUUUGGAACAGCAUCCUGUAGCGCCGUGCUGGAGGUUUACACAGAUAUAGACGAGGUUUUAGCAGAUGUUGAUGGCCCUGAUAACUCAGAGAGUCUGGAGCAGGACACGCCUCCCUUACUGCUGCAGGACGUGGCCGCUAUCCCUCCUCCUGAGUGGCCUGACAGUCCUGAAGAAGAUCCUGCUGCAGAAACACCACCGAUGCAGAAGUAUCAGUCUGUGAGUGGAGGAGCGGAGAUGAGCUGCCAGUUCUCCUCCUCCUCCUCAAAGAGCAUCACGACCACCAGCUCCUCCUCUCAGAUCACUACAGAGACCCCCACCUCCCCCCAGAGAGAGCUCCACAACACCCUCCCCAAACCGUUCACCCCCACCAGCAAGCAGAAGAGCCUGGCGGAGCCCGGCAGCACCAGCAAGAACCUGGCCGACCUGCCCACCUUCUCCCCUACACUGUUCUCCCCCUGCGCCUUCAACUACGAGCGCCCCCGCCACUUCAUCCAAUCACAGCCCAGCUUCCAGACCCCCAGCUACGACAGCCUGCAGUCCAACGGCAGCAGCAACCCGUCCCCGUACUCCUCCACCCUCAGCUCCCCGACCGCCGCCACCGCAACCCCCACCGCCUCCGCCGCCACCUCCAGCCAACCGCCUGCCAGCCCGCCGCAGCCGGCUCCGCCCCCCGCGCCCAUGCGCACCAGCGUCACGCUGAUCCCGAGAGUCUCGCGGUCGCAGUGCGGAAACGAGGAGAAGAUUUCGUCUGCAGACUUCCUGUGUUCUGUACUUCCAUCAAACUCAACCCCAACCUCCACCUUAACCCCACAGGCCAGGUUCAUCUCUGUCCCUCGACCCCAGUCCCAGUCCUCCGGCUACAUCCCCAACACCCCCACCAAAACCUCACCACAACCACCACCGCCCCAGAGCCAGCCAAUCAAAUACACUCAACCUUCCCCAACCCCGCCCCCAAUAUCCCCCAAACUCAACACCAAACCAGCUGCUCUACCUCAGCAUUCCUCACUCGACUCCCAGCCCUUCAACUACAGAGAAACUCCCAAAAUACUGCCUAAACCCAUCCUGAAGAAGACCAUUUCCCAGCCGGUGGUGCGCUCCACGGAUCAGGAGAUCCAGGGCUCUAAAGAUGCUCUCAUUCAAGAUCUGGAGAAGAAGCUGCGCAGUAAAGAGGCUCGGCAGAAGAACAACCAGAAGCUCUCUUAUGAGGAGCGCAUGGCCCGCAGGCUGCUGGGUCGAGCUAACGCUGCAUCUGUGUUUGAUUUUGAGGAUUCUGCUGAAUUUCAGCACAAACAGAUGGGUUCAGUAGAAAGUCAGCAGUCUGGAGGAAUGUGCAGCAGCAUCAGUAAGCUGUAUACCGGAGGAGAAGUGACCGAGGGUUCGGCCAUUCAGGAGAAGUGUUACGCUCCCCGGUUCAUCCAGGUACCAGAGGACCUUAUAGUGGAAGAGGGACGUUUCUGCAGAAUCGACUUUAAGGUUGGAGGUUUACCAGCCCCAGAUGUCACAUGGUACCUGGAUGGGAAGGCGAUUCGUCCGGAUGAUUAUCAUAAGAUGCUGGUGUGUGAAAAAGGUGUUCAUUCCUUCAUCAUCGAGAUCGUGACGGUUCACCACGCCGGAGUGUACGAGUGUAUCGCCAGAAACCGAGCCGGAGAGGCUCGCUUCUCCCUGCGUCUGGACGUGAUUGCUCAGGAAGUGCAGCGUCCGCCGAGCUUCGUGGUGAAGAUGCAGAACCUGCGGGUUCUGGAGGGGGACAUGGUGAGGUUAGAGUGUAAAGUUUCAGCGUCUCCGUCUCCACAGAUCUUCUGGAAGAAAGACAAGGAGAUGUUACGCAUCGACCCGAUGAGGAUGAGUCUUUCUAAUGACAGCUCUGGGAAUCAGUGUCUGAUUAUUGAUCGGGUGGUGAAAUCGGACGCAGGCUGGUACACUGUGUCUGCUAUAAAUGAAGCUGGAUUAUCCACAUGCAACGCCAGAUUAGACGUGGCCACUCGGGUGAAUAAAACCGGGACUCCAGUAAAGCCGGUGAAGAUGCUCCCCAUCAUCAACCAGUUCUCCAGCCUGGGUUCAGAGAGCAGCCCCCGCCACACCGCGCCGCUGUACGAGAGCGAGGAGCUAUAGACUCACCCAGAAUCCUCCCUUCUGCUUAUAGACCUCAGUGGAGACGUGUCUAUAGACCUCUACGCCUAUAAUAUAUUUAAUAUAGAAAAUAUCCCUCAUAAUCUUCAAACACAUAUAAACAUAUACAGCUCUGUAAAAAGUGAAGAGAUCACUUCAGUUUCUGAAUCAGUUUCUCUGAUUUUACUAUUUAUAGGUUUAUGUUUGAGUAAAAUGAACAUUGUUGUUUUAUUCUAUAAACUACAGACAACAUUUCUCCCAAAUUCCAAAUAAAAAUAUUCUCAUUUAGAGCAUUUAUUUACAGAAAAUGAGAAAUGACUGAAAUAACAAAAAAGAUGCAGAACUUUCAGACCUCAAAUAAUGCAAAGAAAACAAGUUCAUAUUCAUAAAGUUUUAAGAGUUCAGAAAUAAUCAAUAUUUGGUGGAAUAAUCCUGGUUUUUAAUCACAGUUUUAAUUUCAUGCAUCUUGGCAUCAUGUUCUCCUCCACCAGUCUUACACACUGCUUUUGGAUAACUUUAUGCUGCUUUACUCCUGGUGUAAAAAUUCAAGCAGUUCAGUUUGGUGGUUUGAUGGUUUGUGAUCAUCCAUCUUCCUCUUGAUUAUAUUCCAGAGGUUUUUAAUUUGGUAAAAUCAAAGAAACUCAUCAUUUUUAAGUGUCUCUUAUUUUUUUCCAGAUCUGACUUAUAUCAUCUCCUUUAACUUCCACCAGUUAAUAAUAAAAUAAAGAUAUUUUUAAACACACCGUCUGUAGGCUGGUAUAUGAUCAGACUGGCAGAUUGAUGCAUAAAUAUUAAUGUAAGGAAUAAGUACAGAUAGCAGUAUAUUUAUACUAUUUCUUUAUUUAUUCUUUAUUAUUUAUUAUCUGUAAGUCUGUAAAACAGCUGAAGUAACUGCUGCUCUGUUUAAAAUGAAAUUAUAUAAAAAUUAUAGUAAUUAUAAUGAUAUAUAUAGAGAAUAAUGAGCAACAUGUAACAUUAAAUGAUAUACAACAUAAAUAACAUGCAUCAGUGCCAAAUUAAAUAAAAAUGAUUAUCAUAAUCACUCAUAGUGCCCUUUUAUUUAUAUAUAUAAAAAAUAUCAUCGGUUUGUCUGAAGCCUCUCAUCCCCUGCAUUAAUCAGAUGCACUUUAGCCUGGAUUUCAAUUGAACUCUUUCUGCCUUUAACCCCCCCCCCCAAACACACGCACACACACACACACACACACACACUUAUACACUCAGACAAACAUGUGUACCCACAGCCCUCUGAUCAAUACUGAUCAAUAACCCGCUGCUCUACUGAGACUCUUCUCCCGCUGCAGUGAUAUUUGAGCUACUUUUAGCUGAAAUUAUAGUUUUGUGUAAUUUCUGAUCGUUUCUCGGCUCUCUCUGGCUCUGGAAAGUGUUUUCAUGUGUGUUAGAGUUUAGAAUGACUGUGUAAAGUUUGAAUUUUAUGUAAAGAUUAAUGAAUUAAGAAAAAUCAAGUGCUUAUUUAUGUUGCUUUUAUGUGCGACUGGUUUAAAUGUAGAAAUAUUAAUAAUAAUUAUAUGUUUAAACAUAAAAAAAAUCAGUGGUUUUGAGCUGAAGUGAACAGCGGGUGAUUAUACUCUGCCGUCUUUACUAUACUACUAUACUACUGUACUACUGAACAGGCUCUGGAGAUGUGUCCGUACUGUCUGUUUAAACUGAUAUAUACAGGUGUUGGAGAAUGAAAGUGAAACACCUGGUUUUAGAGCACAAUAAUUGAUUGUGGUGACGGACAGUUCUGGUGGAAACAGGAGAGUUGAGGUGCACAUUGAAUUCUGCGUGAUUUGAUCAGCCGUGGUUUUAUGUUUUUUGGAUACAAUCCGGGUUAGCACCCGAACAUCCCUUUCAGACAGCUUCCUCUUACAGCGUCCACAGUUAAUCCUGUUGGAUGUGGUUGGUUCUUCUUGGUGGUAUGCUGACAUUACCCUGGAUACCGUGGCUCUUGAUGCAUCACAAAGACUUGCUGUCUUGGUCACAGAUGCUCCAGCAAGACAUGCAGCAACAAUUUGUCCUCUUUUGAACUCUGGUAUGUCUCCCAUAAUGUUGUGUGCAUUGUAAUAUUUAGAGCAGAACUGUGCUCUUACCCUGCUAAUUGAACCUUCACACUCUGCUCCUACUGGUGCAAUGUGCAAUUAAUGAAGACUGAACACCAGGCUGCUCCAAUUUACACAUGAAACCUAAAAUCCCACUAAAAUGAUGACAGGUGUUUCAGUUUCAUUGUCCAACCCCUGUAUGUGCUGUAUGGUGUUUUGCUGAUAUGUGCUGUAUGGUGGUACUUUUGUACAGCAAUAGUGAUGGCUAAAAAUACAUAUUAAGAAAAUUUCACGUUUUUUCACGUGCAAAUUUAAAUUGAUAUGCAUUUAUAAAUCUAAACCUAAUAUUCAGAUUUGUCAAUUCUCAUAUUUAUAAACUGUUAGGUUAAAUUAUUGCUGGCAAUGUUCGUGAACUGACAGUUUAAUUUAAAGCAUUUUCUGUAAAAUCAAUAAAUAGAUCAAUAAAGUUCAGAUUGAUAUUUUAA